UUCCCGUAGUCAAAGGAAGAACAUAGUAAGGAGAUGAGAGAAGGAACCAGUGAAAGAUGUAAACAUGAACGAAAAGGAAAAGUUAGGAUGUAGAGAAAUUUUAGAAAAUAUACAGACAGAAGAACUACGUUUACUUACUGAUACAGUUACAAAGAAACUAAUUAAAGUUUCUUCACGAUCAGAGGCAAUAUCAGCCAUAUUGACUUAUUCUCAAUCAUCAUGUGAAUUGUUGAAGAGGAAGAAAAUUAAAAGGGAUCUAUUGUUUAAGUAUUUGGUAGACAAAGGAAUAGUUGUAUCUGUUAGUUCAGACAAAAGGACAAUCAUUGAAAGACUGUUAAAGACAUGGGGAACCAAAAAUAUAACAGCUUUAAUGACGCAUUAUGACGAGGAUAUGCCAUCAAGCUCAUCAUCUGAGAAUUUUUCUGAACCUCAAAGAAAUCAAGUUAUGAUACCACAAGCAAACAAAACAGAAUUAACUACCUUACCAGGGUCAAGUAACCAUAGCAACGCUUGUGCAUCUGCUAGUUCAAAUGCAACUGACCUUCAGCUUUUAGGAGAAACCUUUGCACGAUGGUUUUAUAAAGUUUUAAACAGUCAAAACCCACAUAUGGGGGUGAGUGCAGAAGAAUUUGGGCCAUGUCAUUUCUGGGAUGAAGCUAAAUUGAUGUUAUUAAUAGUGACAGAUGAUCAGUCUACAAAAGAUGAACUUUCAGGAUCACAAUUUGUUUCAGAUAGACUCCUGUUAUUUACUAAGAGUGAAUUUUUGUUAUUUAAUCCAAAUAUUAGCCGUGAUGGAGUAUAUGUUAAGUCUGAGCGCCAUGGAAUGGUAGUUGUAUUAGUUUGUGGAACAAUUCAUAGACAAAAUCAACAUUUAGGUGUGUUUGAUCAAAUGUUUGGAUUGGUGAAAGAUCCUAGAUUUAAUGACAAUUAUAAAAUAAAGCUGACUAAAUUAAAACUUCAUAACAUCAAUGUUGAUCAUGUACCAGCACUAAAGGAUAGACCUGAAAGUGAAAUAAAAGAUUUAAUAGCAGUAUAAUGUUAAACGUAUAAGAAUAUAAAGUUAUAAAUGAAGUUUGUGAUAUAGAAGAGGAACUUUUUUAAAAACAUUGCUGAAAUUUUAAAAGAAAAGUGACUGUUUGUGUUAAAUACCACAUCCACAAAAGAUUCAAAAUAAUAAUGCAGAGUCUUUCAAUUUUUAUUUAAAAAUACAUAAUUUUGUUGUGUAGAAUGUGUUGAUUUUACUAAUGUAUUUGCUUUUUCUGAAAUUUAUCAGUUUUGAAAUGGCAUUAUCACAUAGUUGACUUUUCCAUAUACUAGUAUAUGCAAUGUACAUGUACAUGUAUCAAUGAUUUUAAGAUAUUGCCAUAGAUCAGCUUCAUAUAUCCUCAUUUUUGUGAGAAAUUGCUUGCCAUUGCUGUCAAUUCCAUGGUCUCUGCUAGAGAAUAGAUUAUAUUUCUUGAA